UUCGUUGCUUCUAUUUCUUUCCUUUCUCGGCUUUUCUGCUUUCGCUUCUUCCACCCUCGGCUUCCGCUUCUGCUUCUGCCUCGGCUUCAGCUUGGGGCUCGCGUUGUUUCCGUCUGCAGACUGCAAUGGCGGCCGUGGUGAGUUCGGCCGGCGGCCUUCUGGCGAUGCUUAACGAGGCGCACCCCGUGCUGAAGCUCCACGCCCUCACCAACCUCAACGCCCUCGUGGACAAUUUCUGGCCGGAGAUCUCCACCAGCGUCUCCACAAUCGAAAGUUUGUAUGAAGAUGAAGGUUUUGAAAGAAGACAACUUGCUGCAUUGGUUGCUUCAAAGGUAUUUUAUCAUCUUGGUGAACUCAAUGAUUCAUUAUCAUAUGCACUGGGUGCUGGGCCGUUGUUUGAUGUUUCUGAAGAUUCAGACUAUGUUCACACAAUUCUUGCAAAAGCUCUAGACGAGUAUGCAAAUCUUCAUAUGAAGGCAGCCGAGUCUAGUGAGGAAGCAGAAAAGAUGGAUCCAAGAUUGAAGGCCAUUGUCGAAAGGCUUCUUGACAAGUGUAUCCUGGAUGGAAAAUUUCAGCAAGCAAUGGGAAUGGCUAUUGAGUGUAGACGAUUGGAUAAAUUAGAGGAAGCAAUAACUCGCAGUGACAAUGUUCAAGGGACUCUUGCAUACUGUAUCAACGUAUCUCAUUCAUAUGUCAACAGAAGAGAGUACAGGCGUGAGGUUCUGCGCCUGCUUGUGCAAAUAUAUCAACGACUGCCUUCACCAGAUUUCUUGAGCAUUUGUCAGUGUCUUAUGUUUCUUGAUGAAUCUGAAGCUGUUGCCAAUAUACUAGUGAAAUUGCUCAAGUCCAGCAACAAGGAUGAUGCUCUUCUGGCCUUUCAGAUAGCUUUCGAUCUGGUGGAGAAUGAACACCAGGCAUUUCUUCUGAAUGUCAGGAAUUCUCUUCCUGAUCCUGAGACACUAUCAUCAAACCAAGUGACCGCUGGAAUACCAUCAGACUCGGUUGAAAAUGGUGCUAGUGGGGCAGAUUCUCAAAUUGGAGAUGCUUCAGGAGUGGAAACUGUUGCAAGUACUGGUGAGGACACUCAAAUGACUGAUGGAUCUCGUGCUUCCAAUGGUGACCUGCAUGAAAUGGACCCAAAUGAAGUUGUCUAUGCGGAGAGACUGGCAAAGAUAAAGGGAAUCCUAUCGGGUGAAACUUCCAUCCAAUUGACAUUGCAGUUCUUGUACAGUCAUAACAGGUCAGAUCUCCUUAUUUUGAAAACAAUUAAGCAAUCAGUGGAGAUGAGGAAUAGUGUCUGCCAUAGUGCAACCAUAUAUGCUAAUGCCAUGAUGCAUGCAGGGACUACUGUGGACACCUUCCUUAGGGACAACCUGGACUGGCUUAGUAGGGCUACAAACUGGGCAAAGUUUAGUGCAACUGCUGGGCUUGGUGUUAUUCAUAGAGGUCAUCUUCAGCAGGGCAGGUCUCUGAUGGCACCUUACCUGCCACAAAGUGGUGCUGCUGGUGGAGGAAGUCCCUAUUCCGAAGGUGGUGCCCUGUAUGCUUUAGGGUUAAUUCAUGCCAAUCAUGGCGAGGGCAUUAAGCAGUUCCUUCGUGAUAGUAUGCGUAAUACUGAUGUUGAGAUUAUUCAACAUGGUGCCUGCCUGGGUCUUGGUUUGGCAGCACUAGGAACAGCAGAUGAAGAUAUAUAUGAUGACAUAAAAAAUGUGCUUUAUACAGAUAGUGCUGUGGCAGGUGAAGCUGCUGGUAUUGGUAUGGGUUUGCUCAUGGUUGGAACUGACACAGAGAAGGCAGGCGAGAUGCUUGCUUACGCACAUGAGACACAGCAUGAAAAAAUUAUCAGGGGAUUGGCUCUUGGUAUUGCACUUACAGUAUAUGGUAGAGAAGAGGGAGCUGACCCUCUUAUUGAGCAACUGACAAGGGAUCAAGAUCCAAUCCUGCGAUAUGGAGGCAUGUAUGCACUGGCAUUGGCCUAUAGAGGUACUGCAAAUAAUAAAGCCAUCCGUCAGCUGCUGCAUUUUGCAGUGUCGGAUGUUAGUGAUGAUGUGAGGAGAACUGCAGUUUUAGCACUUGGUUUUGUUUUGUACUCUGAACCGGAACAGACCCCACGAAUUGUUUCCCUUCUGUCAGAGUCAUACAAUCCACAUGUUAGAUAUGGUGCAGCUUUAGCAGUGGGCAUUUCUUGUGCUGGAACAGGCUUAAGUGAGGCCAUUUCUUUGCUUGAGCCUCUUACUUCAGACGUUGUAGAUUUUGUCCGUCAAGGUGCUCUCAUUGCCAUGGCUAUGGUAAUGGUUCAGACUAAUGAAGCUUGUGACCCUCGUGUUGGCACAUUCAGGCGACAACUAGAGAAAAUAAUUCUUGACAAGCAUGAGGACACCAUGAGCAAGAUGGGUGCAAUUUUGGCAUCUGGUAUCAUUGAUGCAGGUGGAAGGAAUGUGACCAUUAGGCUCCUUUCCAAGACUAAGCAUAACAAAGUUACUGCAGUUGUUGGGCUUGCUGUGUUUAGCCAAUUCUGGUAUUGGUAUCCCCUUAUCUAUUUUAUCAGCCUGGCGUUUUCACCCACUGCUUUGAUCGGGGUAAAUUAUGACCUCAAAGUCCCAAGGUUUGAGUUCUUAUCACAUGCCAAACCUUCAUUGUUUGAGUAUCCUCGGCCCACAAGUCCCCCAUCUGCUACAUCCACUGUUAAGCUACCAACGGCUGUCCUAUCAACAUCUGCAAAGGCGAAAGCCAGAGCUAAGAAAGAGGCGGAUCAGAAGGCUGCCAUGGAGAAAUCAGCUGCUGAAGAUGGUUCAUCAUCGGCUACAGCUUCAAGUUCUGGGAAAGGUGUCAAAACAACUGAAAAGGACGGUGAUUCCAUGCAGGUGGAUGGCGUCACAGAAAAGAAGAUAGAGGUGGAACCGUCUUUUGAAAUUCUGACAAAUCCAGCUCGUGUGGUUCCUGCUCAGGAAAAGUACAUCAAAUUCCUUGAAGAAAGCCGAUACGUGCCUGUAAAAUUAUCCCCUUCUGGAUUUGUUCUCUUAAGAGAUACUAGGCCAACAGAACCAGAGGUACUCUCUUUGACCGAUGCACCAUCUUCUGUAGCUACCACAGCAGCUGGUGCGACUGGACAGCAGGGAUCUGCUACCGCCAUGGCUGUUGAUGAGGAGCCUCAGCCACCGCAACCCUUCGAGUAUGCUGUAUGAAAUGGAAUGGGAAAUUUAAGCAUCUUACGAGGUCGGGAAGUUUGAUUCACGUAGCAAGGAAUCGGUCGUGGAAUCAGCACCUUUAUCAGGAAUCCAGGCAGGUUUUGCUGUUAUUCCUUUUCCUGGCAUGUUCAUGGCCAUUCUGCUAAUGAUUCUGCUUUUGAUGUGUUAAAUUUGUGAGGGAGUCGGAGGAACUUUAUUUGUAAGUUGAGAAAAUUAUGUAGGCAAAACUCUGUGGUUGAGCGAUUCAUUGGCAACAUCAUCCUGUUGAAGUUUUUGAAUCAACAAAAGCAGAACUCAGCUUACUAUCCGCCAUCCUCUGUCAUAAAAGUGGUGGUGAAUGGACAGUAUUUUUGUGCCCUUCAAUCAAUUUGCUUUCGCUGGAUGUUUCAUUCUUAA